AUGUUUCCUUUGAUUUUUGCGCGCCAUAUACCUCGAGGAGCUGUUCUCACUAUAAUUGAUGGAUUUGGUGAGAGUGCUUGGCCUCAAGGUAAUGGUAUUCAAGAUGCAAAAACACCAAAUCUCGAUUAUUUGAAAUCUCAUUACAUUUAUACUCCUCUCGUUGCUGCACAACAGCCUGUAGGUCUCAUUCGUGGAGAGCCUGGGAGUUCUUCAGUUGGACAUCAAACAUUAGGCCUCGGCAGGAUCACUCCAAGUUAUUAUCAAAAAUUAGAAAGUUCUAUGAACCCUAAAUCAGAAAAUUACAUCAAAAACAACGAAGUAUUAAAGGAAACUAUACAACAUGCUAAGAAGAAUAAUGGCCGCGUACAUUUUGCUGGUUUAUGCACUGAUUGGGGCAUUUUCUCACAUAUCAAAUUCCUUCCACCUCUUUUUGAAGCCGCAGCAGAUCAAAAUGUAUCUGAAAUUCUAGUCCAUUGCUUCUUUACACACGCAGAUCCGAAUCCAUCGAGAUUUUUAAGGAAAAUCGAGGAAGGUUUUCCUAAAAAUAUUAAAGCCCGCUUUGCUACAAUAUCAUCCCAAUUAACAUCUCUCGAUAAAUUUAAGAGAUGGGGAUUAUCCAACGUAACAGCUCAAGCAAUCAUUGCCGGAACCGCCAAGACGAUCAAAGCAUCAGACAUAUACUCUGAAAUCGACAAGCUCCAAGCGAAAGGAAUCGAUUACGACCCUUUUAUUUUAACUCCAACUGAAGAUGCCCAUCUUAAAUCCGGUGAUUCCAUCAUUUUCUUCAACCACCGUGAAGAACAGAGCCUCCAAGUUGCAACUCUUGUCAUGAAAGGUGUUAAUUUACCAAAGAACGUCAAAACAACGCCAAUGAUCUUAUACCACCCAUCUCUCAAAGAAUUUGAACCGAUAUUACCUUCAAUUACCUACAAAAACAGCUUAGGAAGCUGGUUAUCUCAAAAAGGUUAUCGACAAAUUCGAAUUGCCGAGCAGUACAAGAAAGAUCACAUAACUACAUUCUUCAGUGGUGGCAUCACACAACCUAAAUUCGAAGGAGAAGAAGACGUAAUCAACUUUACAAGUAAAUCAGAAACAAUUGUCGAAAAUUUCCCAGAAAUGAAUGCAUCGCUUGUCUUUGAUACAGUCGAGAAAGCCAUUAAAUCUGAAAAAUACAAACUUGUCGCUGUCAAUUUUGCAAAUUGCGAUGCGACCGGUCAUUCCGGAAAUAACACGGCUGUUCGUCUUGCUGUAGAAUAUAUCGACAAGAUCAUACUGAAAAUAUUCGAACUAUGCAAAGCCCAUGAUUACGCGUUGUUUAUUACUUCUGACCACGGAAAUGCAGAAGAAAAUACAAAUCUCGACGGAACAAGACAAAUUGGUCACACAGUUAAUAACGUACCUUUCAUUACAACCGCCUCCGGUGUAAAAUUGGCUCCACAAAAAACAGGCAAAGUUCCAUACAUCGGAAACGUCGCUGCAUCUAUUCUCCACGUUCUGGAUAUUGAACCACCACCGGAAAUGGAUCCUUCCAUCCUCAUUGACUCUGUUCCAAGCUGCAACCAAAAGAGAAUUAUCAUUGGAUUACUCGCUGGAUUUACAAUUGGAGUCUGUUCAAUUGUUGUAAUUGUCACGUUGAUGCCGUUUAUCAAACAUAUAAUGAGUGAUUCCUGCAGAAAACCUGGAGAACCAAGAGUUCAAGUCUGA